ACUCGAUAAAAAUUUCAAGUAUAAAAAUAAAUAAUGAAUCAAAGGUCAAAAGCGAUUAUCGAAUCCUCGAUAUUUGUAUGAGUGAGAGAGAAAAUAAAACAAAAAACAUAAGUUAUCAGAUCGAGGCGCAACUUAAAAAUCGAAUGCGGAAACAGAAACAAUCUGUAAACAUGUUGUCAGCGGUUGUAGUAACAUUUGCUUCUCUCGGCAGUUUGCUGAGUCUGGGAUGUUUCUGUUCGGAAUUCCCGCCGGAUUUCAAAUUCGGUGUUUCCACGGCUUCCUAUCAAGUGGAAGGUGCUUGGAAUGAGAGCGGAAAAGGUGAAAACAUUUGGGAUCAUCUGAGUCAUUUCAGAAACGACUUGAUUUUUGAUAGAAGCACCGGAGAUGUGGCCUGUGAUUCCUACCACAAGACCAAAGAGGACGUUGCUCUUCUGAAGAGUUUAGGUGUUGAUUACUACCGGUUUUCCUUGUCCUGGUCGAGAAUCCUUCCGUCCGGUUUCGCAAAUAACAUCAACGACGAUGGUAUUCGCUACUACAACGAAUUGAUCGAUGAGCUUUUAGCCAAUGGAAUAGAACCGUUUGUGACUUUGUAUCAUUGGGAUUUGCCGCAACCGUUGCAGGAGAUCGGUGGGUGGCCUAAUCCGCUCUUAGCCGACAUCUUUGCAGAGUAUGCAACCAUCGCGUUCAAGAGCUUCGGCGCCAAAGUUAAGCAUUGGCAGACUUUCAACGAACCUUUACAGGUGUGUCACGAGGGUUACGGCAUUGCCAACAAAGCGCCUGCGUACACUUCCGAUGGUGUCGCCCCCUACAUGUGCAGCACGACACUCCUGAGGGCGCACGGAAAAACCUACAGGAUCUACCAGGAUAAGUACAAAUCCACGCAGAACGGAUUAGUCGGAAUCACCUUGGAUUCCAGCUGGUUCGAGGCGCAAACGCAGAAGGAUUCGGAUUCAGCAAAGCGAGUCUUGAGAAUGGGCCUUGGAUGGUUUGCGAAUCCGAUCUUCUCCGAGAGCGGAGAUUACCCUCAGGUGAUGAAAGAGGUGAUCUCGAAGGCGAGCGCCGAAGAGGGUUUCAGCAAAUCACGUCUUCCGUCGUUCACCGCUGAAGAAAUCGAAAUGAUUCGCGGUUCAGCGGAUUUCUUGGGUCUGAAUCACUACACCACGCGAUUGGUAACAGAUGGCGCUGCCAAAGGCAUCUCAAGGCCAUCUUAUUAUUUCGACAUAGGGGCGGAGGCGAGAGUAGACGAAGCUUGGGAAAGCAGCGCCGCCUCCUGGUUGAAAGUUGUCCCGUGGGGUUUGAGGAAACUGCUGAACUUCAUCAAAGAGGAGUACGGAAAUCCGGAUGUUGUUAUUGCCGAGAACGGAUACGCAGGUGAAUACGAGGAGUUCACGCAGGAUUGCAGAAGAAUUCAUUAUCAUAACAAAUAUUUGGAGCAAGUAUUAUUGGCCAUAACUGAAGACAAAUGCAACGUGAAAGCUUACACGGCGUGGAGUUUCCUUGACAACUUCGAAUGGCUUCGUGGAUACUCCGAACGUUUUGGUUUAAUUCACAUAGAUUUCGAGAAUCCGAAUCGCACCAGAACACCCAAACACUCCUCGAAAGUCUUCACGAACAUCAUCAAAACCCGGAAGAUCGAUUGGGACUUUGCGGCAUCCGGUUUCGACAAAUGCGAGUUCUAAGAAAAUUUCAAUAAAUUUCGUUUAAUCCAA